UUAUUCAGGUCUUUCCCUCUUUUGUUACCAACUCCACAACAUUAAUUUCUUCAUGAAUCCAAAUAUUCACUUCAGGAAAGCUCAAGACUAAUGUGCUAGAAAUGACACAGUUUUUUUGAAGAAGCAACUUUCUUAGGUACACUUUAUGGAAUUGAAAAAAACGAAGUUAUACCGGCAUAUAUCGUCAAAGUCCAAGGCAAAGCAUGAACAAGUUUCCUAUAUACCCAAGAUAUGAAGCUGGGGACUAUUGUGGAUAUGAGUUUGAUCCUCAGUCGGACUUUACGGAUUUCUUGACAGAAGCAAGAAACCAUGAAUCAGAAGGGAAAAAAUUUGGUGUCACGCCUCCACGUUCCGUGGAAUCGAGAAAGAACAAUUUUGAUAAAGAUAUGAAGAAAACUUGCAAGAAGUCAUGGAAAAGCUCAUUGUUUUCAUGGCUGAAGAGUAGUAAUAAUAAGAAGAAUCAGAGAAACAGCGAACCUUCAAAAGGCUCCACCAUUAACAAACCAAAGCGUGGAUGUGUCUCUGGUCCAAUGCCAGGGUAUAGUGGGCCGGGUGCUAUAGCUGUCAGGCCCAAGAAGCCCACUUCAGGACCCCUCACAAGUCUUUUCAGCCCAAUGAACAGAGUGGACAAUGAGGUUCCAUAUCUCUGUCUUCAGAAAUUUAAGGAUAGUUCUCCUGAUGUUCGAUCCCACGGACCUAUUUACCUCGUAACCUAAGAAGUUUGUCUGAGAUUCUUUAGGAUAUUUUUGUUUGACAAAGUAUCAGGAAAAUCAAAGCACAUUCAUACGUAGAAUUCAUAUGAAAUAUCAUGUCUACUGCUUAAUUUUUGAGUACUCAUGGCUAAAACUUAUAAUUGAAAAGUGUCACGAUCAAUAUUUUUUUCCACAAAUAUCUGUAAGCACACUCAUUAUACUUCCAA